AUGUUCCUGACAAGUCGACAAUAUGCUUCCUGGAAGAAAUUGAGUGAUGACAUUGACGAGAUGCCAGAGUCAAAGCGAAUACGGAAUCGUUCCACAAAACGAAUAUAUCCCAAGAGUCGACCAUCCGAUGGAAACUUCCAACGGGCUCCACAGCGAAAGAUCAACGAUCGAUUUAGAAAUCCAAACAAAGGAGGAACUCAAAGGAGUGGAUAUCAAGUCCGUACACCAGAAGCCUUUCGCAAUGUCUACGCAAGCAACACUCCUGACAAAAUCAAUCGUUGGAUGAAAGAUAUCUACGACGAGCAAACAAAUCAAAGCUUAAAGGAUAAGACACCAAAUCCCUUUGCAAGUUUGAGCAGUAGAGAUGAGAUCAACUUUGUCAAACUGCUACAAAGCAAACAAGCUUAUGAAAGCAUUCUUCUCUUUGUCCAACUUGGAAACCCUGACGUGAAGGUUUUCACAACUGCUAUUUUUGCCUUGGCGUUGUCCCGGGGACCCUAUCGACAGCGAGCUCUGGAUGUGUUGCCCCUGAUGGAUCAGCAAAAGGUGGAACCUACUAGCCUCACCCUCAUUGCCCUUUUGGGUUCGCUCGAUGGUCCCAAUGCCGUUUCCGAGCUCAUGAGGACGAUGGAACGUCGAGGGAUUACCAUGACAACUGAAGUUUUCAACUCGGCCAUUUAUGCUAUCUGUCGAACUCCAUGGGGACAAUCCACGGCCGAGAAUUCGGACUUUCAGGUGGCGUUGAACUUGUUUCAGAAAAUGAAAGCAAAACGAAUACAGCCGUCGUCCAAGACAUAUCAUGCAUUAUUGCAAGUAUUAGCCAAAACUGGAAAGGUAGAUCUGGCGAUACCGCUGCUGCGACAAUGGAAGAUGUCACCUAUCGCAGUUAUUAGAUCGAGUGACUUUGUAUGGCUCGCAGCUAUGCAUGUUUGUGCUCAAGCUUCUGACUGUGACACUGUGAUCCAACUUGCUAUGGAGAUGCAAGAGAUGGGAUGCUCGCCAACUCUGAGGCAUUGUUCCGCUCUUUUGCGAGCAUUUGCAAGAGCAGGCAACGAUAAGCUUGCGUUUGGUACUUUGCAAUUGAUGUUGGGCGAUGUUGACACUGUUGAGAUUGGAAAUACACGGGAACUGAGGUUACCACGGAUAGCUCCAGACCUUGUCGCUUUGAAUACAGUAAUCAAAUCUUGCGCGAAAGCUGGCAACUUUGAAGGGGCUUCUUUAAUCUUUCAGAGAAUGAAAGCUGGAGAGUUUUUUGAUCCAGAUACCCAUUACCCAAUAAGCCCUGAUCUUAUUACAUUUCAUAGUAUGCUUCAAUCGUGCCGCGAUGCCAACCUGGCAAGAGACAUUGUCAGAGAGAUCAGGUUCUCGAGGCGUAACCGUUUCGGAGCGGUCACUCCAACAAACGUCACCUAUGCACAUGCGAUCAACGUCUGCCAAAAGGCGGAUACCGUUGAUUUGAAGCUAGUUGAUCUACUUUUGGGUUGGGCAAAAGACGACAGCAUCACACCUUCAGUGUUUAUGUAUGCCUCUGCUAUCUGGGCCGCCCAUAAGUCCGGUAAUUGUGAGAAAGCUCUAGGCUACUUCAAUGCUAUGGAGUCGGCAGGAUGCAUCCCAAAUGCAGUUGCAUUUGAUGGCUUGAUAUCCGCUCUUGGUGAAAAAGGCGAUUUUGAGGAGGCUGUAAAGCUAUACGAGAGAACUCGUGGACUUGGUAACGAGGUUUCUCCUGCAACGAUGAUGCGUCUCGCGUCCUCAAUCCAAUCUGUAUCCAAUCCAGACGAGAGGGAAGAGUUCUUGACAAGAGUAUUCGAAAAAAUGAGUGAUCAAGGGCACUUCAUCGACUUCGGGGGGGCCAUUUUUGAAGCAUUGAUCAAUCUCUAUGGGUCGCAAGGUCGUUUUGACGAAGCGCUGUUAACAUUCGACGCAAUUGUUGGUCCCAUAAACGGCGCUUGUCUUCGGUCAAUACUUCUCUCGUGCAGUACUGCGAGACCACCUCGUUGGAUGGAGGCAAUCACGAUUAUGCACACCAGUGAUGUUGUUGAAUCCGCAAGCGGCCCAGGAAAGGUUGAUCAGGUGGCAUUGAGUAAUGCGGUGAUUGCUUGCAGUAAAGCCGAUGAGUUCGAAGAAGGGUUGACCUUGCUUAACUUGUACGGGGACCCUGAGUCUUCCAGAAACAAAUCGUAUUCAUCCAUCUCAGUUUCAGCCAUCGAUUCCCUGAUUGCUGCGUGUAGUCGGGGAAAUCGCCCAGACCUUGCGAUUUCUCUUUUCAAUGAAAUGAGUUCGGCGUUUGGAGUCCAACCAGACGAAAGAACAUACCGCAACGCAAUAAUGACUUGCAAUCGCGCAGAACAUAAGGCCCGAUAUGAGGAGAAGCGUGCACGCGAUACAGGAGAAACCUAUUCAUCAAUAGAAUGGUGGGAAGUCGGUUUGGCCCUAUUUCGGAGGAUGAAGGAGGAAGGCGUUAAACCGGAUGUAAAGGUGUAUUCGUCAGUGAUUAGUGCAUGCCAAGCAGCUGGCGAGUGGCAACGAGCAUUGGGCAUUCUCGAAAAUCUGAUCGAAGAAAGUGUUGACAGGGGCGAUGUCUCUCUGCUGAACACGUACUGCUUCAAUUCUGCAAUCAGCGCCUGUGAGAAAGGUGGUGCCUGGGUAGAGGCAUUGGAUCUUUACGAGCGAAUGGUAGAUAUUGGAGGUUCCAUUCGUCCAAACUUUGUCACUGUAAGUAGUCUUAUCUUAGCAUUGGACAAGGCUGGGCAAAAGGAUUUGGCGCAAAGCAAGUUCGAAGAAGGAGUGAGGAAGCGGAUAGUUAAGCCAUGGAGGUGGACGCAAAACGAUGCUGAUGAGUCAAUAUACGCCCUGGAUCUUCACAAUUUCUCGGCCGCAAUGGCAAAGGCAGCUGUUCGGAGCUGUAUGGAUUCUUAUUUCUUCGGAAUAACGAACAGGAUGCUCGACGAUCGUGUUGGGAAGGACUUGGUUAUCAUCACGGGAAAAGGAUUGCACACGAGGUCAACGGAUGAUCCAAUCCUUCAACAGACAACUCUACGUCUACUCCAAAAUGAGUAUGGGGUCAGUGGUGCGGUAAAGGAAUCAAAUCAAGGACGAGUGAUUGUCAACGUUGCAAAACUGAAGGAGUUUGUGACGAGUCGCUCAUAA